AUGGAAACUUAUUUGGUUUCAGUUGAUCUUAAUGUAUGGAAUAUCAUGACCACAAAAUACGUUGAUCCUUCUACUAUACCCAUCGAUCCUGAUGCUAUGACUCAAUAUGAAUUAAAUUCUAGAGCUAAGCAUGCUAUCUUGUGUGGUCUCACCAAGGACGUUUUUGUAAAAGUCAUGCAUUGUGCUUCUGCUCAUGAGAUAUGGAACAAACUUGAAACUAUUUAUCAACGGGAUGCUAAAGUCAAAGAAUCUAAGAUUCUCACACUCAAAAAUCAAUUUGAGUCUUUGAGAAUGAAAGAAUAUGAGACCAUUGAAAGUUAUUUUCUUAGAAUAGAUGAAGUUGUAAAUUCUAGAAGAGGUCUUGGUGAAACUAUUGAUGAAAAAGAUGUUGUUAGGAAGGUCAUUCGAACCCUAUUACCUAAAUUUGAAACUAAAGUUUCCACCUUAGAAGAAAAGAAGAGUUUCUCCACAAUGACUCUUGAUAACUUACAAACCACACUCACAACCUAUGAAAUGAGGAUAGGUAGCAAUCCUUCUACUUCAAAAGAGACUGCUUUCAAAGCAAAAAAAAAGGGAGAACCUGAUAGUGAAUCUGAACUCUCUGAUUCUAUAGAAGCCCUACUUGUUAGAAAAUUGAAAAAUAAGUAUAAGGGAGAAUUGCCUCUCAAGUUCUUCAAUUGUGGCAAAAUUGGGCAUUUUGUUGCUCAAUGCCCUCUGAGUGACCAAAAAAGUGAUGAAACCUUGUUUAUGGCAGAGUUAGAAACCUCUUCAGAGAAAGACACAGUUAACAAAAUAGAAAAUAAACUUAAUGACUUGGAUCAAAGUGAAGUUGAUCUUGAAGGAGAGUUACUUUGUGCUCUCAAAGAAAUCAAGAGAUUGAAGAAGAUUUUAGCUUCUCAUGAAAGCUCAAAUCAGAUCUUACUAGUUGAGUUGAAAGACUCAAACUUGGCAACUACAAACCUGAAAUCUCUUCUUGAAGAAAGAGAAAAGAAAAUUGAAACCUUAGAACAGCAAACAAUAAAACUGUAA